GGAACUCAGAUGAUGAGGAUAAGGCAGCGGUAGGGGAGGUGGAGGUGAUCUCUGUGCAGAGCUGUGGAAGUUUGGCUAUGAGCAGCUGCGCAUCAUGGGCACUGGAGAUUACGUCUGCGUAACCCUGAGCGGAGCAGCACCCUGGGGGUUCACCUUGGAAGAGGGAGAAGUUGACAACCAAAGAUCUUUUCUAGUCUCCCAGGUGGAGCAGGGUGGUCGGGCCUUUCUGGCUGGAAUACAAGACGGCGACGAGGUGGUGUCCAUCAACGGGAACCCGUGUGCCGAUCUCACACUUCUACGAGCUUCUGCUCUCAUCGACACUUCAACUGACAGUCUGCAGUUGUGUCUCAAAAGAAACGUCUUCAUCCCAGCAGAAGGACUUGAAUCUGAAGGGAGGAGCUUGGCAGAAAGCACCACCCUUAACAUCAUCUCCCCGGACAACAGGUUCCAAUCACCGAAGGAGCUUUACAUAUCUGAGUCCCAACACGACUAUGGAUGCUUGGAAAAUGACACAGAAAACUCCCAGCGAGCUCCAUCGUCGUGUGAGAAUCAUGAAGGCGGAGCAGAGUGGGCCGUCUCACCUGGAGACAUCCUGGAGCUCCAGGUGUCUCUUUCUAAGCACACCUUGAGUGACGUGGGCAGCACGGCUCUGGGGAGCGCUCACGGGAUCGAGGGGGAGCUUUCAACGAGAGAAGUCAUCAAAGCGCUUCACAAGACGACGGCGACGUCCUUCUGCACGCCGUGUCCAGUCAGGGAGCCGCUCGGCCAGCACGGCGUAGUGGUCACCCCCACCUCGGCGCUGGGACGGGUGGAGGUCGUCCUGCAGCAGCCGGCAGCAUCCGGAGCAGGGAGGGGCAUCCCGAGGGUCAGCGACAGCCAAAGUGAAGGGCAAGAGGGAGGAGGGAUCGUGGGGUCCUUCACUAUCUCAUUGAAAAGUCCAUCAGAGGAGGCGUCAGGAGGAGACGAUUCGGAGGGGGAUCAAGAGCAACCCAACAAACAUCGGGCAAGACACGCCAGGCUCAGGCGUAAUGAGAGCAUUUCUGAGAAACAGUUGAAGGAGGCAAAGUCCAAAUGUAAACGUAUCGCUCUCCUUCUCACCGCUGCACCAUCGAAUCCCAAUAACAAAGGGGUGUUGAUGUUUAAAAAGCAUCGCCAGAGGGCCAAGAAAUACACUCUCGUGAGCUACGGUACUGGAGAAGACGAACAGGAGUACAGCGACGAAGAGGACGAGGACGACGGAGAUCAAGAAAUCCCUGCUCCUGAAAUCACUUUUUUAGCUAGUAUAAAUUCUGAACCAGACAAACCGUUUUUCAGGGAUGCUGCAAGUAGCAAAUGUGUGCUGAGUUUGAAUUUGGACAACGCUCUCCUGGACAUUGAACGAAACUUGCACAACCAAGCGGAGAUGGAAUCCUUGCCUGACACCAAAGGCAAGGGCGCCCUGAUGUUUGCUCAGCGCCGUCAGAGGAUGGAUGAGAUUUCUGCUGAACACGAGGAGCUCAGGCGCCAAGGAAUGCCUGUGGAAGGAGUGCAGGAGACGAACAAGAGGGCCGCGGAGCUCUCCUACAUGCAGUCUACAACGGAAGGCCACACUUACAUGGAUGUAAACAUGCACCAACAAAGCCAGCAGCAAUAUCAGCAGUAUCAAGAGCAGCAGUACUAUGAGCAACAACAGAACUACCAGCAGCAGCAUCAAUAUCAACAAUUUCAGCAGCAGCAGCAGUACGAACAAAGUCAAUAUCAACAACAGCAAAUCUAUCAGCAUCAGCAGCAGCAACAGUAUCAUCAAGAGCAGAAGCAAAUGCAGCAGUAUUCUGCAAACAUCAACGGCAUGAACCAACAACAAACCAAUGAAAUUCAGAGUUCCCUUAACAACCGUACUGCCAAGCCUUUCACAGCAGAAAACAUGGUGGCGACACCUUAUUCUCAUGGAAUUAGCGGGACCAGUCAGGAUCUUGCGGCUCAAGGGGAGCAAAUAGCCUCCCGCGAUGAGCGCAUAUCUACCCCAGCGAUCAAGACCAGCUUUCUGCUGGACGCGAGACGAAGAAAUACGGGCAAACCUAUGUUCACGUUUAAAGAAUCUCCUAAAAUGUCCCCUAAUCCUGAGCUGCUGAAUCUCCUCAACAGGAGUGAUAAAAAGUUGGGCUUUGAAUCAGGACCGGAGGAAGACUACCUCAGCCUCGGGGCUGAAGCUUGCAACUUUCUCCAGUCUCAAAGAAUUAAGCCAAAGAUUCCUCCACCAGUUGCUCCAAAGCCUGUGAUCAACCCCAACUCUCCACCUUGGUCUCCACAGAUAGAAGCGGCCAACCAGAACAUGCCUCAGUGUGCUGAAAAUAGUAUAUCCACACCUGCUGUCGCCCCCGUCACAGACACUGCCCCUCCUCCAGAACUAGAGCCAACCACUGCACCUGCCGUAGAGCACUCUCCCCCUCUCGCCCCACAUGAAACUCCUGCCAGUGCUAUAACAGACGAACAGCAUGCUUGGGCUCCCACAGAGCCAGAAUCUCAGCAGCAGCCUUUGCGAGGGACACUCCCAGAGGAAAACGUUGAGAUGAAGCCUUCUCUGCAGCUCGAGUCCUCCCAGAAGACGGCUUGGAUUGCAGAACAGACGCAAACCCAGCAACAGUCAUCUGCUGGAUGGCAUUCAGCACAAGUCCAGCCCCAGGAACCACCCUCAGAUCAGACUCCCACGCAACUUCCAUGGGUAACGCAUCAGCCCACUCAGAACCAGGCACAGCCUCAGGCUCCCACAAGUGCUUGGACCCCUCAAAGCCAGCCGAACUGGAGUCAGCCUCAAGGACAAAGUCAAAGUCAGCCUCAGCCACCUUGGAUUCGGCCACAAGAGGAACCACAGUCUCAACAACAUCAUCAGGUUCAGCCAUCUUGGGCACAGACAAAUGAACAGCCACAGUCCCAACAAAUUCAGCCAGCAUGGUUACAAGCCCAAGGACAACUACAGCAACAAGCCCAGAACCAGUGGGCACACCCAUCACAAAUGGACUCCCAACAACAAGCACCGUGGGUACAGCAACCUCAGCAAAAACCCCAAGUGCAACCUCCUUGGGUUCAACAAGUUCAGCAGGAACCCCAGCCACCAUGGGUUCAACAACCACAGCACCAGGUCUUGCAACAAUCGUGGGCUCAGGCCCAAGCGUCCCAUCAGCAUCAACAAACAUGGGUCUCAGGACAGCCUCAGCAGCAAACCUCCGUUGACGCUUGGGGCCAAUCACAAACCCAAGUUCAAGUGCAGCCACCAUGGAUCCAAGCAGCCCAGCCAUCACCUCAACCACAACCUCAACCACAACCUCAAGCUAAUCUGAAUCCAUGGGCACCUGUACCUGCUCAGCCUCAGUCACAGUCUCCAUGGGCUCAGCACCCUCUUGAUAAUAAUCAACAUCACAUGAAUUCAUGGAGCCACGAACAAAAUCAGGCUCAACAUCAGCCACCUUGGACCCAAACACCGCCAACCCAGUCAACACCUUAUCCAGGCUGGCAACAGCAAGUUUCCAGUCCUCCACCCCAGCCCCAAGGAGAUACAUGGCCACCUGCUCAAGCACAGCUUCAGACACAUGUGGACUCCUGGACUUCACAAUCCCAACAAACAUCAGCAAAUGUUUCCGUGUCUAAAAUCAACAAUCGGCCCUCUCCUAAACCUUGGCAGCCGCAACAAAACGCAUCACAAAACCUGAGCACCACUCCACCUUCUCCACCUCGACGAAUGCAAUCUUUUACUAUUGGGCAAAGACCUUCAUUACCUGUCAACCCCAUGGCCACGGUCCUGAAUCCUAAAUCCUCUCCGGGUUCAGCUUUUGAGAUGCCAGUUGUUAAAGGGAAAGGAGCCGAUAUGUUCGCCAAGAGGCAGUCUCGCAUGGAGAAGUUUGUGGUGGAUUCUGACACCGUGGAAGCAAACAAGGCAAGCCGAUCGACAUCACCAGCUGCGUCCUUACCCAAUGAAUGGAAAUAUACUCCCAACGCACUUGGCAGGAGCUUUUCCCUUUCCCCACCAGCCAGAGUCCCAUCUACAGGCCAGAAAUCAGCUCCUGCUUCCUCCUUUUCUAAGCCUCCAACAUCAUGGCAGACGUCCCGGUUGGAGAAAGGCUUCAAGACGCCGACCCCCUGGGAGGCGGCCUCUCGCCAUCCCUUGGGCCUGGUAGACGAGGCUUUUCAGGACCUCCAACAAUCUCUCGCUUCGAACGUCCACUUGGCAGCCCAGCGGAAAAUCCUGCCUGAGCCACCGGCGGAGUGGAAGGCCAGAGUUUCUUACCAAGCUCCGCAUAAAACAGGCAACCAGACUUGGAGCCAAAGCUGCAGGAAGAGUCCAAAUCUGCCGCCGUCGUUCGUGUCCCCAACAAGACGGCCUGUCUACGUCCCAACAAGUCAUGCGGGUUACAGAUCCCUGCCGAGGCAGUGGCAACCUCACAAGUAUGAGGCAAACCUGAGGCCUGCGACCUCUCCAUCGGGUUACACCAAGCCUGUGGAAAAGUAUACUUGCAACAGCACCACCUGGAGGUGGAGGCUGUAGAACGUCUGUCCACAGACCAGAUUCUAUCAAGAAAUAUAUGAGUGGACAAGUGGAAAAGUCUAAAGGUUUUGCAAAACAAUACAGUACUGGUUUGGAUUUUUGGUUUGAAAAAAAGAGUUAAAUAAUUUAGCUUGCAUGUCUCACAGCAAAAAAGAAAGGACUGAAAGUUUCUGCAAAUUUGGAAAUUAAUUUAACAGUUUCUUUUCUGGUAAAUAUGCUACAAUCAUUGACUGUACAUAAAAACUGGACAGAGUUAGUGUGAUGUCACCCACAGAAAAGGGGUUACUUAUAGGUCCAACAAAAUAAGUCAAUUCAGUUGCAAGUUUUAUUUUAAUAUAAUAUGCGCCGCCAUGUUGGAACCAGACAAAGUCAGGAAGCAGUAAUUGGUCCAAGUCGGUCUGAGACAUCGUUUCUAUGGUAACCACUCUCACCAAUCAGAAGUGAGCUUCUUCAGGCAAAAAAAAAUCAGUCAAAUGUUGGGAACAUUCGAUAUGAGACCACAUACUCAUGGGGUAUCUAAUUUUAGAACUUGAAUAACUUGCACUAAAGAAAAAAAAAACACAAAAAAAUAGGAUUAGCAAGAACAUGUUAGAAAAAAGAAAACAAUUAUAAUGACUAAGGAAUAGAUGUUUAUUUCUUGGAGUCAGAACGUACAUACUGUUUGGAAUACAAGGGGGGAGAGGUCACUCAGUCCAGUUCUCAUAUACAGUCAACGACUGGAAUGGGAGGGUCGGUUUAAUGUUUGAGGGAAACAGGAAGUUGUCUUGAAAUCUCCAUCAAUGCUUAACUUUAACGUUUAUAUCAUGCAAAAUCCACUUUUUUAACUUUUAAGUGAAUUAUACUGUGUAUUACUCACUUUAAAGAACCCCAAAGUGGUAUUUUGAUCCAUUCACGCAUGAGUAAUCCUCUAAAAACCUGCACUCUGAGCACCAGCCCCUUCCAACCCAUGUAAACAAGCAUGUUCUCACGAGCUGAUGUCACUAAGUGAGAACCGCCUCUUUCAUGAGUCAUCAUUCUGCACUGCAACCCAAUUUCUCCACAAAGCUAGCGGUGCUCAGCAGCUAGCUUCGCCGCUCAGCUAGCUCAGCCGCUAUCCCCGGCCAUCGCUGCAACCAGUGUAGCGAUGGCCGGGGAUACUAAAGGUAAAUAUACGGUAUACACAUCCAUCUUUGGAAAAGUCCAGAUGCUUUUUUUGUUUUCGUGGGCGAAACACAGACACACAAAGCCGCCUCUAGGAUGAAGUCAUGAGCAGUACGGAGGUGUUUCAGAGAUCAACCUGUCUUACUCACAAAAAAUAACUCAUAUUUUAUAAAUAUUUUUCCCUUAGUGCUCCAAAGGUAAAAUAUGUUCAUAUAUAUGGAUACAGUUUACUCAGAAAGUCUUGAGAAAAGCAUGACAUAGGCCUUUGAAAUAGUAUACACCAACUUUACACAAACCAGGAAGUAUGUUGCAGUUCCUCAAAAGGCCACUAGAGGCAGAUUGCAAAAUGGGUUAAUUGACCACUGAAUGCAAUGUAAAAAAAAAAGUCUAACUUCACACCAAAAUAAUUUUUAGUCAAAAUGUUUGCAUUUUUAGAAGUGUGUUUGUUUGAUUAGGAGAAAGAUUGUUUGAUUGGUUAACCCAACAAAGCUGUGAAUUCUUACUUUGAAUGAAUCUUUAUUUAUACACCAAUUUACAACACAAAGUGCUUUACAAGAAAAAGUGAGAUUUUUUUUAAUUGAGCUAAUUAAGAACAAAAAUAAAAAAAACAACAUAAAAUUAUCAAAUGAUUUAUGUCAAAGGUAUUCUCUCCAGUGUAUACAGUAUUUUUAAAUGUUAAGAAAACAUUUUUUUUUUUUAGUUUUUGUAAAAGUGUAUGUUGGAUUUAGGUCGGGUGCUUUCUUUUUUCAUGGGAGUAAAAUAGAACUAAAGCUGCAUUAAAACAAAAUGAUUGAAAAUGGACUUAAAACUCAUGGAGAUGGAAGUUUACUGUUAAUUUGGCUAAAAAUGUACCAUUCUAAUAAACGAACACUCACUUUACACUUCCAGCACACCCCCACUUUAAUCUUCUUGACUCAUUUAGAUGACGAAUGUGUGCACACUCCUAACUUCUGCUUGUCAAACGAAACCCUUCUCAUCAGGGAUUUUUCUGUUUUUAACCUCUCUUUUAAAUAUUCUGAAUAUUCUAUAUUCAGGCUUACAGAUUUUUUUUUAUGUUUUCCUCGAGUGCUGCAAAGUUUUUGGUUGCCUGCCUGGUCGUGUCGCUCUUUGUUUGGAUUAUGUUGGAUGACAGUCAAGCUGCAGUGACUUCCCUGCUUCUCCAAAGCUUGUUGGUGUUAUUUUUAAAUAAAAGUUGAUUUAUUCUCAUCCGGUUGCGUCACACGCCUGCAUGUCAGCAUUUGGAUGUUCUUUAAACAGGGGACUGUAACACUGAGCGUCUGAGAGAGAAAUCCUCAGUGUAAAAUUGCAGUUUUCCCUCUGAUGUUUUGUACUUUUCUAGCUUUUUGAACAAAUCACGACCUCUAAGUGUUUAGAGAUUUAGAGUUAUAGCAGCUUUGAGAAGGUUUUUGUCAGACAAAGCUAGGGUUUUAACAUAGUGGGGUUUGAACUCCAGUUUUCUGUUUAUACAGAAUGACGUCAAUGAAAUAUUUCGUUAAAACUUUAAAAAAUGCAUUUAAUGCUGGAAGAAAUGAAUGAUGUGAGAAACUCAUUAGGUAAAGUGUAAGGUGGAACUGUUUAUCCUCUCAUGAUGUUGUGCAUCAAACACACUAGUUCUGGAGGAUUUGUACACUUUUUGUGUUUGGAUUUCAUCAGAUAAAAAGUCAGAAAGGGAUUUAGGAUGUUUUCACUGUGUAACGUCAGAGGGAAUAAGUAGAGUUUUGAAUGAAGCGGUGUAAGAGUGAGGGAGAGUGUGAUGUUAUAUGUCUCUUAAAAGGCAAGUUUUCAUUUUAAUAACUUCCAUAAAUUCAUAUAGACUUUGAUUUAAAAUUAAAUCUUAAAAUUUUUUGGACAAAUAGUUUUUAAAAAUGUCUGAAUUGAGUGGAAAAUCCUUUCAAAUGAAAUGACUCACUUUGUGUCCUGCAUUUGCAGAUCAUGUUUGGUUUGGACUUUUGCUCAUUUUGUUGUUUGUAAAACCUUCACAGUAUAAAGGAUUUUAGUGACUUUCACCCAUUUUGAAAGCAUGAGGACCAUGUUUCAGUCGUUAUUGAUUUGUGUCUUACAGCGGCCAGCUUUUUGUUCUAAAAUUGUCCAGAUUGACAUAAAUCACCAAAUAAAUCAAUUCACAUGUCA